UUUAGCUCAACCGUCGUUGCGUGUGGACGUGUGUCCUUGAUGCGUUUUCCUGAAAAAAAUCAAACUCGAUAUCGUUUUAGCGUGAACUUAAUCGUUACGAGUGACAUUACAGUGUUGUGUUUAUUUCAAAUAGUGACCUCAACGUCUGUGACGGUAUACUAGUGACAUUAAAGUUUUGUUCUGUGUACGAGGGAAUUGUGUUCAUUCCCAGAAUCUGCGGCUAAUGGAUCCCAACAAGACAAGUUGAAGUCCAUUUUGAAACAUGACGCGGGCCGCCAUUGCGUUUUGGCGCGAAAUGCCAAUCGCUGUCACUUUCGCAAUCGUGGCAUUGGCAUGCGUCGUUUCAGCCAGAGACAUUGUUUUAGAUGAUACAGCUUCAGUAAUAGAAGUUUCAACGAACGAGAGGUUGCGUCUUAUUUGCGGGUUGAAGCCAAGGAAUCAGAUACCAACUGUGCGAUGGUUUUUAGAUGGAAAACCCUUGGAAGGUCAAGCGAGGCAACGAAUGAUGCAACAGAAACAAUGGUUGAGAAUAAAGUCAUUUCGUGCCAAAGACGCCGGAGUGUACACAUGUCAAAACGAAGAAGAUAAAAGCAGAGAAAUGAGCGUCACAAUUAAACAUAAACCAGAUCUCGGUCCGGACAACAUCGACGAAUAUCAAUCGGAUGUGGAUGUUUUAAGACCGAUGCCUGAAAUUUUAUCUCAACACUCAGCUCGUUUACUCGAAAAUAAUACCAUUGAUGAUAAUUCGACUGAACAAAGACACAAGGAAUAUGAAAGCCCUAAAGACGAAGAUUUCGAUGAGAAAAAUGAAAAAGAGCAUCUUAAUUACGGGCACGUUGAUGAUACCAAAUCGAAGUAUGCACCGAAGUUUAAACAUCCGUCGAAAUUGUUUGACAUGGAAAUGAAACCAGCGGGAAGUUCCAUACGAUUUAAAUGCGCUGCUGAAGGAAAUCCAAUGCCAAACAUAACUUGGUAUAAAAACAACGGUACACCGAUAUCGAGAAGUUAUUUUAAACCAUCUUAUGGUAAAUGGUCUAUAGCGCUCGAUGAACUUACUAAAGCAGACAAUGGAAAGUACACUUGUAAAAUCUGCAACGAGUUAGGCUGUAUUGAACAUACUUACACUUUACAUAUACAAGAGCGUUACCCAUCGAAGCCGUAUAUAAAAGAGGGUCAUCCAGGAAACAUCACGGUCCUCGUGAACGAUACCGUGCACUUGACUUGUCCGCCAGUAUCAGAUUUAGAACCGCACCUUUACUGGGUCAGACCGAUGAAUUAUUCCGUGAAAGAUUCUGAAGUGGGGCCAAGUGACGCACCAGCUCCCAUUGGAGAUAUUGUCGAGAGCGAAAACCCGGAUGAUAAACCAGAACAGCUGACGAUUUACAAUGUGACUAAGGAAGAUGAGGGCUGGUAUGUUUGCGUUGCCCUCAAUUCGCUUGGAAACACUACAGCUAAAGGAUACUUAACCGUUUUAGACUCAUUACCAGUAACAGAAGCACUUGAUCACGGUAAACACACAGUUCUAAUCAACGUACUGACUGCGGUGUUAGGAGCUAUGUUCUUCGUAGCCGCCAUCAUAGUGGUGAUGAUAUUCAAGAAAUUGAGACAAGAGAAGGAAAAGAAACAACUAGCGAUAGAAACAGCGAGAGCAGUGAUAGUGACGCAUUGGACGAAGAAAGUCACUGUUGAGAAGCCUCAAAUGAACGGGACACCAAACGCUACUGGAGAAGGUUUGUUAAUGCCAGUGGUAAAAAUCGAAAAACAGAAGCUGUCUCAAGUCCAAAGUAACACUUGCGAUUCAAUGAUGAUGUCAGAGUACGAACUACCAGUGGACAUUGACUGGGAGGUGCCCAGAGAGUCUCUCUGUAUAGGGAAAGUUUUGGGAGAAGGAGAAUUUGGAAAAGUAGUAAAGGCAGAGUGCGUUGGAAUUUUGAAACCAGGGUUACAAUCUGUCGUGGCCGUCAAAAUGUUAAAAGAGGGCCACACGGACGCCGAAAUGAUGGCAUUAGUAUCAGAAAUGGAGAUGAUGAAAAUGAUCGGGAAACACGUGAACAUCAUCAACUUGCUAGGAUGCUGUACACAAGAUGGACCCUUAUAUGUUAUCGUUGAGUACGCACCUAAUGGUAACCUGAGAGAAUUCCUGAGAAACCAUCGCCCUGGAAAUAGGUACGAAUCACCCACUGAAGACCUGAAAGAAAAGAAGACUUUAACACAAAAAGAUCUCGUCUCUUUCUCAUACCAAGUUGCGAGAGGAAUGGAGUACUUAGCAUCUAGACGGUGUAUCCACCGCGACUUGGCCGCUCGUAACGUCCUCGUGUCAGACGACUGUGUCUUGAAAAUUGCGGACUUCGGUCUCGCAAAGGACGUCCACAGCAACGACUACUACCGGAAGAAGACAGAGGGCCGGCUUCCUGUGCGGUGGAUGGCGCCCGAGUCGCUCUACCACAAGGUGUUCACGACACAGACUGACGUCUGGUCGUUCGGCGUGCUGCUGUGGGAGAUCAUGACGCUGGGCGGCACGCCGUACCCCGCCGUGCCGGGCCAGUACAUGUACCAGCACCUCAGCGCCGGCCACCGCAUGGAGAAGCCGCCCUGCUGCAGCCUCGAGAUAUACAUGUUAAUGCGCGAGUGCUGGUCAUUCUCUCCUGGAGACCGACCUUCAUUUACUGAGCUGGUCGAAGACUUAGACAAGAUACUGACAGUUACUGCUAAUCAAGAGUAUCUGGACCUCGGUCUUCCUCAACUCGACACGCCACCAUCAAGCUACGACGGUUCUGGUGACGAAAGUGACAGUGAAUUCCCUUUCAUAAAAUAAAGUGACUUUUUGUUGAUGACUUUUAGUCAAUGUGCCUUGUUCUGAGGAAAUCUGUCGAUUUUCAUUAGUGUCGAUGUUUAUCGAAUUGUAUUUCACAUGAAAUGUCUUGAUACGUCAGAUAUAUUACGAAAAUUCGUAAUAAGCUUUGAUCAACAAAUAUUAUUAUAAAUUGUAUUUUCUAUGAUUUGAAUCGAAUUGAAACUAAUGUUACGAUAUACUGUUAGAUUAUUUUAUUAAAUUAAUGUGGCAAUAAGCAGUUUAAUAACAAAGUAAAAAAAGUAUGUUUAUGGCUUUCAGUGACAUUCUCAGAUAUAAAUAAAAUAAAUCUUGAAUCUUAAUCUUGUUAAUGUCAUUGUCAGUUGGAUUAUGGACAUUCGAUGGAAUAAAUGCAGAUUGAGACAUUUUGACAGUAUUUAAAACGAUAAGCAUAUACUCGUUAAUGAUGAGAUUAAUAGCAUUUCUAAUAGUUUUACGAGAAUUUAGCAAGAAAUGUCAAUAUUUCCCACCUACGUUAGUAAGAGUCCUUUUAAAGGUUUUCGAAUGUUAUCUAUGACUAAAUUAUUUAGAUUGUAAGAUUGAGUAGGAGAAUAUCGUUUAGCUAAAUAUUUUUAUAGUAUUUAUUAUUGUCGACUGUCAAAUACAAUUCUAGUUUUUAGUAAUUAUAUAAAGGUGACGAUGGAGUAUGCUUCGAAAAUAUUUUGCUGUUUAAUUAUUAUUUUUUUUUGUUAUUUGAAAGAUAUUCUGUUACACCCACGUAUUUUAUGACAAUUAUUAUUUAUUUCUUUGUAGGUAGGUACUUUUUUAAUACAUUGCAGAGUAUUGCAUAAUAUUAUACGUUUUGUAAAUAUAUUUUUAUAGCUUUUACAGAUAAUUUUGUAUAGCUAUAUAUUCUUAGUACCAAAGCUUGUUUAUGGAUCAGUGUAUUAUAUAAAAGUAUUACUUAUUGAUAUAUUUUUUAGAUAUUUGAAGAAUAUUCUUGACUGGGAUUUUGUGUUGUAAGAUUUUAAUCGUUAGUCAAAAUUAUAAGAAUAAGUUGCCUUUGAGUUGACUAGAACUCUUUGUUCGAGUUUAUUAAUUAAAACAGUGAAAAAUAUACUUUUUAAGUGUUUAAUAUAAUAUCAAAUAAUGAUAUUUUUAGCAAAAAAAUCUAGUCCAUAAUUUUCUGAUGUAACUAGCACACUCGGUUGGAUGAAACUUUACCAUAAAUAUUUUUCAGCUGUACUUAAUUAGAAUUUAGGUAAUUAAAUAAUCAAUCAAAUCAAUUUAUUGUAAAUAUUAUUUUUAAUCUUUUGUCUAUGUCACGUGUCAAAAUUAGUAAUAGAAAUAAAAUGUGAAACAAAUGUAAUCUGUGUAAAAAUUAGAUGAAGCGAUGAUAAUUUAUUUACAUUUAAACUUUUUUUUUGAUGUUUGUGUACACAUUUAAAAAAAAUAUAUAAAUUUUUUUCGUCAAAAAAUAUCAAGAUUCCAAAUUAGUAACUUUAUACAAUUUUUUUCGUAAAGUUUAAACAUGUGACAUGCUUUUUCAACGUUUCGCAAUUGUUUGUAUAUUUGAUGAUAUCUAUGUGAAUGUAUUGAUGUUGUAUGGGAAGAUGUGGUGAAUAAAAUAUUUAAGUGGAAAUAUAA